UACGCGGGCCUUUCGAAUAUCGCAUUCGAGAACUGUUAUCUGUCGAGCCUCCUCGUUGUUGUGAUUUAAAAAUCGAAUUUUUGUGAUACAGAUAAAAUAAAGUGUGUGAAAAUGAUUCGCAGUGGUCUUUUGUGUUUAUGUUUUAUUACAUUGAUUGAAGGUGCUAUAUCUGCUGAAUCUGAAUCGAGAUGCAGGAUUCCUCCCACAGCACCGCAAAAAAUAGAACGAGUGAUCUCUCUCUGCCAAGAUGAGAUAAAGCUGUCUAUAUUAAGAGAAGCGCUUGAUGUCAUCAAAGAGGAGCACACAAUGCCAGCAGAGAGAAGAAGAAACAAGAGAGAAGUACCGUUCACACACGAUGAGAAGAGAAUAGCUGGGUGUCUGCUUCAGUGCGUGUACCGGAAAGUGAAAGCUGUGGACGGCUUCGGUUUUCCAACACUAGAGGGUCUGGUAAGCUUAUAUUCAGAAGGCGUUAAUGAGCGAGGCUACUUCAUGACCGUGCUGGAGGCUUCAAGGGAGUGUUUGAUGCGUAACCAUGAUAAGUUCUCUAGGACGGUGCCUAUGGAUAACGGGCUCAAUUGUGACAUCUCCUUUGACAUUUUCGAGUGUAUUUCGGACAGAAUAGGUGAAUACUGCGGUACUUCUGGAAUUUGAAAUAACUAAGAAAGCUUACAAACUUAUCUUAUUAGUUACCAUGUUGAAAAAAUCAAAAAUAAAGAUAAGAAUUAAUAAAUAAUAUAUUUUAAGUACGUUAAUGAAAAGUGAUAAUAAUACUAAAUUGUGAUGCUCAAUAACCUAAAAUAAGUUUAAAGGAUAAAUAGGAAGGGAUUUUAAUUCAGUUAUGUUCUAGACUAGUACUAAAUCCAUUGUCAUUAUAAUAACAACCAUUUCCCUUGGCACAUCUAUUAUCUAUGAUAUAUAUCUAUGGUACAUCUGUUAUCUAUGACGUUUUUAACCUAUGGUUGUUCAAUCACGAGGCACGUUACAUACUUGUGACUGGUUUACGGUUUCCUUUCCAUCUUUAUCUAGUUCUUAAUGUAAUUAAUUCUUUAUUGUCCUAACUUUUUAAUGUGUAAAUGUAUAAUGAA